UCGUAGGUUCAGUAUCCCCAGGCCUUCGCCGAUGCCCCACAUCCCCCUGGCCUGCGUAGAAUCAGUUGCCUACACCAAUCAAACCAGUUUGGGAGACAACUUGACAAGCACCCAGAGUCAAAGUUUAAGGGUUCCAGGCAUCAAGUUCCCAAACCGGGCCAGUGUGGACGUCCCCCCUUCAAUUACCGAGAGCCCUGAGGCCAGCAUGGAAAGCAUGGAACAAAUUCUCUGGACCUCCCAGGAGGACUUCAAAGAAUCUUUGUACAACCUCCAAUUAAGCAAAAAUACUCCAGAUAGCGAUGUCCAAAGCAUCCCGCUACACAGCUCCACGGACACCAGCUCUUCCAGGUUUUUGGUCAGGGCUGAACGCAGACAUUCACAGCUGCCCGUGGGCACGCGGCUGCUGCACCAGGCCAAGAAGCUCAGCCGCCAGCUGAGCCUGGUGCUGAGCCUGGUGGGCGCGGUGAUCAUCGGUCUCAUCACUCUGGGCCAGCCCUGGGUCCACUUCCAGGUGCCACUGACACUCCCUGGGGGUCCUGCUGACCCCCCGCCCCAAACCAUCCCCAUCAACACCAUCUUCGUUGUGCGGUGUUCUGACGUCUCCUGCCUGCAUGAGCAAGACCACAAUGCUUACUUGCUGGACUCUGCCUGGGCCUUCUUCUUCAUUUCCGCCUUCACCAGCUUCUGCCUCUGCCUCAUACUCAUAGACAUCACCUUCUUCACCAAGUCCAACGUGCCCGUGCUGGACUUCUCCAACAUCGUCCUCAGCAACCUGGCAGGGACCAGCAUGGUAUUGGGUGUCCUGUUCUACCUGCUGCAGGCCCAUGAGUUCCUGCAGGAAGGCAUGACGUACAGUCUGGGGCGUAGCUUCUACCUGGCGUGGACUGGCAUCUUCUGCUUCCUGGCGAUUGGUAUCAUUUCCUACAUGAACUACGUGAAUUUCUGGUUCAUCCUGGCACCCCAGGCCAUCUGGACUUAGGACAUGGGAAUGGCCCUCCUUCCUUCCUGCUCCCACAGCUCCCUGCCACGGGGCUGAGACCCUGCUCUCCAGCCCUCACACCCGCCACGACUCUUGUCCCUUUUCAGUCCCCUCUGAGUCUCCC